AUGGUUCUAAUCUCACCCCACGCCAUGCAAGCCACCCGGGCGUCCACCACCGUCAGUGUGUUUGCGGACUGCAGCAUCCCGGCCGGGCUCCGGAUAGGACCGGUACCGGGCAUCUUCAAACUGGGGAAGUACUUGUCGGAUCGUAAGGAAGUUGGACCCAAGAAGAAGGUCCGCUUGGUGCGAGGAGAGUUCGUGGAUGAGUCGAGCUGUCCUGUGCCAGACUGGAUCGGAUUCAUCCGCGCCGCCAGGAACAGCCAAGAGCAAAACCUAGAGGCUGUGUCGGAUUUACCUGGUGGACAGAUAUUCUACCGUGUGCUGAGAGAAAUCCCUGUAGGAGAGGAGCUCAGUGUUUGGUACUCCAACGCUAUGGCCCAGUGGUACGACAUCCCCACCACCGCCACUCCCACGCACGACGAGAAAGGUGAGGAGCGAUACAUCUGCUGGUACUGCUGGAGAAUAUUCAAAUACCCGAACACACUCAAGGCCCACGUCCACUUCCACUGCGCGCUGAGCAAUGGGCGGGGGUUUGUGAGCAGCGAACAGGCAAGAGGCACCGAGACAUUCAGCAGGUCACCAAAGUCGGGAGAUAUCCCCAACACCUCCAUCUCUCCGAGGAGCACUCACAACAACUCCUCCAUGUCAGACUCGGGCCGGCGGGCGGUGUCCUCCUCGUCGUUUCUAAUCAAAUCGGGACUGCCCAAGAAAAGCAGCACCGAGGAGCAGGACCGGGCCCUCGACAUGAGCGUCACCGCAGCCAGAAACCAGGGGCAGCUGCUCAGCCUGGGCGCCACAUCCUCCGUGCUCAGCAGCAUGGGCUUCCACCCGGGUGUGCGCUCUGCCUUCAAGCCGACCGGCGUCUCCAAAGUCCCGGGCGCUGACGCCUCCAGAGAGGACCCCAACGGGAAGCUGAGUGGUAUGGCAUUCAGCAAACUUAUUGGUAACAUGAAACCAAUCCGGAAUGUGGGCGAGACUCUGAACGGAGGAGGCAGCCAUCCUCCAAAAUGUGCACCUGCAAUUAUGGACGCCACAUCCCCAAUGGUGCCAUGCACGAACGCUCUCCGGGCUUUCCCGCUGCUGCCUCACAUGGAGGAGACCUCGGCUUUCAAGCACGUGGAGAGCCGGAUGCACUCCGGCCUGUCCCCCUCCCGUUACCCCCAGGUGCCCCCUGGACUCCACUUUGAACGGUUCUCCCUCCCUCACUUUGAUGGCGUUAAGACUUAUGGUGGAGACUGUAACAUCCCAUUGAUGCCCUUCACUGUCUAUAACGGGGAGCUUCUGUACAGUUCACCUUACUAUCCUCUGAAAUUCCACUUCGGAAACCUCCUCAAGUACCCGGAGUCCAUGUCCUACUUUGGUGCGCCGUCGUUGAGUCAAGACCUGGGCACCAUCACCAACAUCGACCGGGAGAUCGCCAUGCACACUCAACAGCUGUCCGAAAUCGCGGCGGAGAAGAACCGGACGCGGCUGGACUCGAUACCGGCCGGCGCCUCCAGCAACAGCGGCUCUGGCAAACCGAAAAAGGGACACCUGUGUUUGUACUGCGGCAAACUGUACUCGAGAAAAUACGGGCUGAAAAUCCACAUGAGAACUCACACAGGUUACAAACCGCUCAAGUGCAAGGUGUGCUUCAGGCCCUUCGGAGACCCGAGCAACCUGAACAAGCACAUCCGGCUGCACGCAGAGGGAAACACCCCGUACAGGUGCGACUUCUGCGGCAAGGUGCUCGUGCGGAGGAGGGACCUGGAGAGGCACGUCAAGUCCAGGCACCCCGGACAGACGGUGAAGAAACUGGAGGACAAACCCGGCGGCCUGUUCGAGGACGCGGAGCAGAAGAGCGACAAUGACAGUGAUGUGGACGUGUGCUUCACUGACGAACAGAGCGACCAGGAGUCGAGCAAAAAUAAUGACUGA